AUGACCUCAAGCAUAUUUCCACAUCUUGUUCCAUGGAGGCAGUUGAAGGCCAUGAAAUGGCAUGGAUUUGGCCAUUGUUCUGACAACCCAAAUACAGGAGAUCUUGCAUUGUUUUGCCCCGCAUGUCCUCAGCCUGGGAUUAAUGUAUCCUUGUCAGGGGAUGAAUCACUUGAUGACUGGAAAUACACCUGGUCAUUUGUUAUGGAUGGAAAUUUCAAAGCCAAACACCUGCAUCCCAUCAAGCCAUUUAAUGAAGCUGCUGACACUUUGGAAAAAUCGAGCUGUAACAAUCACUGGGCAGUAAAUCAAGCAAAUGUGGCUUGGCACAAGCUGGAGUCCAUGGGUAUCAGGGGAGUUGCCUGUGCCUGA